AUGGCCGCCACGCCCCAAGUCACGCUCAUCGAGCUCACGCCGGAAGAGCUUGAGACGAAGAAGAUGGGCUCCCACACCCUGCAAGCCGCAGUCGAAGCGCUCCACCGUGACGGGAUCGUCGUGCUCACGAACGCCGUUGAUGUGGCGCACCUCGACAAGCUCAACGCGCGCAUGGUGCCCGAGGCGCGGGAGCUGUACGCGCGGCCGGGCACACACCGCAACUUCGGCGCCAGCACGGGCAACAUCCAGCAGGAGCCCGUGCUCGAGGACGGCUACGUGUUCGAGGACGUGCUGGCAAACCCGUGGGCCGCCGACGCCAUCCAGUGCAUGCUGGGUCCCCGGCCGGCGCUGCGCUUCUACAGCGCCAACACGGCCUUCCGGGCCGAGGGCCGUCAGCCGCCGCACAUCGACAUCGACUUCGACUUCCCGCGCGUGCCCUUUGGCUACUGCGUCAAUGUCAACCUCGUCGACACGUCGGCCGAGAACGGCGCCACCGAGGUCUGGCUGGGCACCCACGCCGACACCGACAGGGGCGUGCUCGACCGGGGCGUGAGCCACAAGCAGAUCCGCGCCGACCUGCUCGAGGCCCGGCGCGCCGUGAGCCCGCCCGUGCAGCCGAGCCUGCCCAAGGGGUCGCUCAUCAUCCGCGACUUCAGGCUGUGGCACGCCGGCAUGCCGAACCGCACCGACGAGCCGCGCGUCAUGCUGGUGUCGGUGCAGUUCCCAAGCUGGUACCGGAGCGAUCUGAAGAUGAGGCUGCCGGUGAGCAUCAGGGACAAGGUGCGGUGGGGUGAUGUCGAGCCGUGCGUCGAGUGGGUGGAGGACGGGUUUGACUAUCUCAAGGGAGCUCAUGAUCAUGACUUCUCGCUGAAACCGUAG